CAAGAUUAGUAUAAGUUGACUUAUUUAUUUAUUAAUCACAUUUUCUUCAAGUUGAAAAGUUCAGGAUAUAUCUCCUUUGCUAUUAUAUUCUUCUUCUUCAUUUCUCUUGGAGCAUAAGAGCAUUUCCUUCAUCCUUAUUCAAUCCUCUUUUCUGGCAUCUUCAAAAUUCAAUGGGAGAAGCAUAAUUGUAAAUGAAGAGGAAAUAUUGAAAUUUGGAGCUGCUGCCGCCGGUCGGAUUUGGCCAUAAGUAUGGUGGAUGAGAGCUCUGACCUUGUCAAUGGUGAAGGAGCAUAAGCUUCGACAAUUAAGAGAACAUUAGAAUUAGCCUAAAUUAGGGCUAUUCUUUACAAUUUUGCUUCCAGCAAUUAUAGAGGCCAAGCUAAUUAGUAUGGAGGAUAUUGUUGAGAGUUGUGACAGAACUCCUACUCCCACAAAGUCUUCUUCCCAACGUAGAUAUUCACCAAUUGAUGAAGACCUAGAGGGUCUUCAAGAUGUAGCAGAACAAAUGAUGCAUCAAUUGAUUAGAGGGACAGCGGAGCUGGAUGUUAUAUCGAUUGUAGGAAUGCCCGGACAAAGCAAAGCAACUUUAGUUAGAAGGUUGUACAAUAAUCCUUCAAUUGUUUCUCGCUUUGAUGUUCGGGCGUGGUGCUCCUUUCCACAAAGAUAUAACGUGGGAAAGCUGUUGCUAGAGAUACUAAAACAAAUUAUCGCUGGUAAGCGUAUUACUGUAGGUGGUCAUAGCAUGGCUGACAUGUUGCACAUUAGUUUAAUGGGAAAGAGAUAUCUCAUCGUAUUGGAUAAUAUACAGGAAGUCAAGGCAUGGGAUGUGUUGUGGUCAUCUUUCCCUGAUGAUAAAAAUAGAAGCAGAAUAAUAGUAACAACUCAAAUUCAGCAAGUGGCAAUGGGGCUUAAGCACCAUAUUGAUCCUUAUUUCCUUCGAUUGCUAAAUGAUGAUGAGAGUUUUAAGUUAUGGCAGAGGGCUGCUUUUCAAGGAGAGAUAUGUCCUCCGGAACUAUUUGAAGUAGGACGGCUAGUUACCCGAGGAUGUAAAGGAUUGACAGAUCUGAUUAUCAUGAUUGCUGGAAGUAUUCCGAAAAAGGAAAGGGGAGAUCCUAAAUUGUGGCUUAAGGUUGCACGUGAAUUAAGCUCUCAUUCUUUAGAUGACUUGCUUAUGAAAAUGAUACAGUCAAGUUAUGACCGUUUAGAGGAUCAUUUAAAGUGUUGCCUUCUGUACAUGGGAUUGUUUCCUAAUGGUUAUGAAAUUCCAGUGUCUGAUUUGCUGAAGUGGUGGAUAGCUGAAGAGUUUGUGCAGAACAUUGACACAUUGAAACUAGAAGAAACAUCAAAGAGUUGCUUGUACGAUCUUGUUGACAGAUACCUAAUAACGGUUACUGAAACAAAAAGUGACGGUGAAAUAAAAUACUGCAAAGUUCGUGAAGAAGUGCAUGAUUUUUGCUCGAGAACAAUUAGAGUAGAAAAGUUUGUGCAGCUCGUAGUGCCAUAUAAUCCACAUCAACCUGCAGUAGAUACAGAUGAACAAAGGAAAUGCAUGUAUAUACAUGACACUAUGAAAAAUGAAUAUUCGUCGGACAAGGCAGAGUCUUUCAGAGAAACUCAGGGGUCUCUAGAGUUCAUUGCGCAUCCAAAAUUCAGUAUACCUCACCGCACUAAUCUUUAUCCUUUACUUAAUGACUUCAGACUUAUUAGGGUGUUGCAUUUAUUGGAUAUGUACUUAGAAAGUUCUUGGGUUACUGCAUUCCAAUCACUAACUCACUUGCGGUACCUUGCAAUUUUUGUCAAGGAACUUGAUUUCAAGUGGUUAUCACACCUACUCCAUCUGCAAACCUUGCGGGUUCGUUCAUCUUAUACGAUGAUAUCACCUGCUAUUUGGAAAAUGGCAAAGUUGAGGCAUGUUGAUAUAAACGAAUUUUCAAUCACAUGGGAAGAGAAUGAGCGAGUGAAUUUUGUAGAAUCUUCAGAAAUUGUGUUAUACAACUUGAAGACCCUUGGCAUGUUUUAUAUGUCUGUGGCUCACAUGACUCCAAAUUUCUGGGAGAAGUUUCCAAAUCUUGAAGAACUAAGGCUCCACAUUGAUGAAUUUGGAGAUGUUCCUGAUGAUUCUGUGCUCUCCAGAAAAUUUGACUUCCCCUCAAGUCUAAAGGUUUUGUCCCUCUGCGACAUUUUUCUGACGGAUGAAGUAGUUUUAACUAUUGCAAGACUGCGACACCUUGAGACUCUUAAAUUAUCCGAGAUAUACUUUACGGGGGAAAAGCUCUUGGACCUCAAUGAUAACGAGUUCCCUGCGCUCAGAGUUUUAAAACUACAUCAUGGGUUUAUGAUGCAGUGGAUUUGCUCAGAUGCAUCUUCAUCAUUUGCUCUGCUUGAAACACUAGUCAUAAAAAGUUGUUCCAAACUUGAGGAGAUCCCAUAUAGCUUUGCGGAUAUUGAAACACUGCAAUUUAUUAAAGUGAUCAGCUGUAGGAAGUCUGUUUUGGAAUCAGCUCUGCAGAUUCAAGAAUACCGUCGUGAAGAAAGCAAUUUCCAAGUUCAAGUCUCAUACAAAGACUAAAGACGGUAAGUGAUUUCGUAAUUGUGAUACUCCUGCAGUAAGAAACGAACUCUUUCAGAUGCUUUAAUUUACACUUCUCCAUUGCAUCUAUGAAUAGCAAUUUUAGUAACUUCUGUCUUGCACACUAAAGUCAGGUCUCAUCAUUUAUUAUUUGCAGCAUUAUUAGGAAGCAUUUGGAAUAUAUAGAAGUUUCAUGCCUUUCAUUUCCUUUACAAAAAUUCCUCAGUGAAGUCGCAAUUGAGAAUUUUAUAUGUUACUGCUUAUGCUUUCCGUAUGGUGCUUCUUUUUCCUUUUUGAAGAUUUUGAAAACUACUAUUGAGAACAGAUGAUCCAUAACUUUACCUUAUGCCAAUUGUGCUACAUAUUGCAAUUGUUAGGUGUUUGUCCUGUUUUUCUUUAUCAUAUUUGGUUUUCCUAUCUCUUGAAGGAAAGGUAACAUAUUUGCCAUAAUUGAUUUAACCUUUUAUGAAAAGGAAAAAUACAGUUCUUCUUUAUUUGGCUAGUCCUUUUUCUUGGAGAAAAAAGUUUUGACUUCUAUAAAUUAAGGAUUUUUCCUUCUCAUUCAGUAGCAUCCAUAAUGUAACCGUAAAGCAUUUGAGAGUCUUAUUGUUUAGGGGGAGAAUUUGUUAGACAAAUAUUAUGUUGUCAUUUGUGUGUGCCUCUUUGUGAGGUUGUUCUUUAGAUAAUUUAUACUCUCUUUUAUAUAGUGGAUCGCUCAUUUCCGCUUCUUGACGUAGGUCAAUUGAUCGAACCACGUUAACUGUUUGUGUCUCUUUUGGUAUAUUUCUCUUUUGUUGUCUACUUUAUCAUCGUUUAAGGUUUCUUUGUUAGCUUCUGUAUGAUACUUGAUUGUUUCUAUCCUAACAGCAUGGACAUACUUUUCAAUAUCAUUCUUUCAUACUAUAACUUUUUAGUUUUUGAGUUUUCUCUAACUAGCUACUUGCUUUCAACCAUCAUUCUUUUUCACCAACUUCUCAUUUUUAGCUAUAGCUUUUGCAUUGGGCUUCAUUUUCCUGACAUUUCCAUUAGUAAUCGCUGCAUCUUUGUAUAGCAUCCGACUUCAGAACAGCAGACUCCAAAGUAUUCAUCGGGCUCGUGACAUUCUGAUUGUACUUCUUAUUUCUGUUCUGCUACACGAGUACUGAAACAACGAAAGGUUCUGCUUUGUGGAUGGGUUGGACUGCGUAUCAGCUUUCCGAUUGAAUUAUCAGCAAGCAAAUCUCUGGAUGAUUUCAAUGUCUUUUUAGUUUUGUGAUUUGCAAUUUAUGUAUUGUCAUAAAUUCUGCUUUUACCAUCUGUCAUGGAUCAGUAAGUUUGUUUCUUAAAUUAUCUUGAUAUGUAUUUUCCUAGUUUGUUUCCU